GGCGGGGCCAGGGGCUGUCUCUGCAAAGGCUAGGUUACCGAGCCAGGUAAAAGGCACCACCGGGCAUCCCCUUCCCCUCCUUCUCGAGGGGUUUUGGUUCUCCUUUCUCCACCCAAAAAAGCGUCCCCAAAGAAACAGUUAUGUAGACGAAGGGGACAAGAGGCUAGCUCCCGAGGCAAGAUCGCAGCUCCCGAACAUGGAUAGGAGUUUCCAGCCCUGGCUGUACAGCUGCCUCUUAAUCACAGUGCUAGGAAUACUUCCAGAGCCCAAAAAUGUAAGAAUGAAUUCAGUUAAUUUGAAGAACAUUCUGCACUGGGAGCCACCUGAUUUUUAUAAGGGAAAUGUGACCUACACGGCCCAGUAUAAAAGUUACAGGUCAUUCGAAGAUGAGUGCAAGAAUAUUAUCCUCACCAGCUGUGAUUUCUCAAAUAUUUCUAAGUAUGGUAACUACACCUUGCGUGUCAGGGCUGAAUCUGAAGAUGACCAGUCAGAUUGGGUAAACAUCACCUUUUGUCCUUUGGAAGACACCAUCAUUGGACCUCCUGGAAUACAAGUAGAAUCGCUGGCUGGUUCUUUAUACUUACACUUUUCGUAUCCAAACAUUGAAAAUGAACCUGACAUGUGGACUUUGAGAGAUUAUUAUUACUCAUGGACUUACAACGUGCAAUACUGGAAAAAUGGCACCAAUGAUAAGUUGGAAAAAAAUACUCGAUAUGACUCUGAAGUCCUUACUAAUCUGGAUCCUUGGACAGUUUAUUGUCUUCAAGUUCAAGGGUUUAUAAUGGAUAAGAAAAGAAGUGGAGAAUGGAGUCAGCCUGUCUGUGCCCAGACUACUGAUAAUGGGUCACAUCCAUACUGGACUUAUGUUACUGUGCUCAUUGUAUCGAUGAUAGUGGUUUUAAUGUUGGUGCUUGGUUGUUUCUGCAUGCUGUGGUACUUCUACAGAAAAGUAAAGUGUAUAUUCUUCCCUGGGUAUUCUUUUCCUCAGCAUCUGAAAGAGUAUUUGGAACAGCCUUCCUACGGCAUUUCAUUUCUCUUGCCAGUACCUUCCAGCGAGAGUGAAUCCUUUGAUAAGUUAAGUGUCAUAGAAGAAUCUGAAAACACUGGGCAUGACACAACUGCUCCAUGUGACUGUUCAGCAGAAGUACUACAACAAUCCCUACUCUCUGGAAAAAAAAACACCUAGGUGGUCAUAGCACUCCAAAAGUUUGUCCAGUCUCAUCCACAUGAAGAACAGGCAGUGAAAUACAGAGUUAGGCCUUCAGAUCAAACUCUGACUCAAGAGCUUUCCAUAACUGAAUUGGUUGUAAUUUGAAAUGAUCAUUUGGCAGAAAAUCCUGCAGUAUAGUUAUUUCGUACUUGAUAGGUUACUAAUAUAAAACAAAAAGAGUGCUUUUGAGAUUUCUCUUUUGCUAACAUACUUUUUGACCUGUCUGAUGCCAAACAAGUGACGAACUCGAGAAAAAAUAAACAUUUGAAGGAAUGAAUGCCACUAAGAGCCUGUGAAACCCUAGCUCAAAAUAUGCUGUUCUAAGGUGGGAAAAUCCUCAGUGCAAUUUAAGAAGGUCUAAAGAAUGUUGUACAAAAUACUAAAUUUUUUCCAAGAAAAUUUUUACUAGAAUUAUUUUUAUAUUUUUGGUUUUGUAAUAUGAAUAGUGCCAUGUUAACUUGCACUCCUCUAAUUCAAUGUGUCAGUGACACAGUUUGUGUGAUUAUUAUAAGACUGAAUAAUUCAAUUGUUUCUGA